GAAAUGAGCGAUGAGGGGUCCUCUUUGUCUUCUUCAUCAAAUUCAGAGUCGUCGGCCUGUUCAUCUAGCCGUGAGCAAGGGGAAUAUCCAGCUGAUGAUAUAUCUGAAAAGGUAUCUCAAAGCGUCGAUGCCUCAGUAUUACUAAAUGUCAAUAAUAUUGAUAAAUUAGACGAAGCCAGCACUCUAAAAGUAAGCAACAAGGUCAAGGAAGUCAAGCUCUGCUUAUUGUGCCUUGAAGAUCGUGAUGAAGCAGAUGAUGAGCUAAUUGAAUGCGAUGGUUGUGGAAUCGUUGUGCAUGAAGAUUGUCAUAAAAUUAGUGGCUCAAUUUUCUUAUCAAGUGGGACUAGUUCAUGUAGUACUGACCCAUGGUUCUGUGAAGUCUGCCUAGCUUGUCUUUGUGAAUUAUGUCCAAAUAGAGGCGGUGUCUACAAGAGAACAGAUAACGCCCGAUGGGUUCAUCUUUUAUGUGCUUUAUACACUCCAGGUGUAGCAUUCAACGAUCCCGAAAAUCUCAUGGAGGUACGUCUGUAA